CCGUUUGAGACAUUAGUUGACUUUGUAACAGACAGCCACAUACGGGUUCUCCCCGGGGGCUGAUCGCGUUUAUUUUGAAAAGACCUCGGUUACACCGGAAGUGAAAAGAGUCAUUCGAAACGAAGCAGAGCUGCUGCAGAAUGAGGAUGUGAGGACAAAGAUUGCACCUGAGCGAAAAACAAACACUGACUGACGACGAGUAUCUGUCCAAAAUAUGACUUAUUGUUUCACCCUUUCCUAACACGGUCAAACCAAUGAAAACGCGAACGCCUCGAGAGCUCCUCCGCCGAAUUUGCAUCUUUCUAUGUUUUAUAGAGACUAUGGUGAAUCCGGCAGUGACCGUCUCGUAGCAGCGACAAUGCUCCGGCCUGUCACAUCCGACUCUUCCCGAUCCUCUCCGUUGCGCCAAUGACUAUGGAUGUCAGAGCAGUUGUGGAGUUCGCCGCCGUUACCAGGGGCCUCUCACUGUUGUUGCAGGCUGUCUUCAAUGCCGUCAUCCCGGACCAUGACGCUGAAGCCUUCAGGCCCCCAAGGACAGAGGAGCCUCUGUACUUGGACCCCGCCGUGGAGUGGUCGCUGGGCGGCCUCUCUCACUGGGAUGCCGAGCAUUUCCUCUUCAUUGCCGAGAGGGGGUACCUCUACGAGCACAACUUUGCUUUCUUCCCCCUCUUGCCCGUCAUCCUCCGAGGCCUGGCGGAGACGCUGCUGUGGCCCCUGAGCAGCUGGCUGAGCGUGCGGGGCCGCUUGCUGCUGGCCGUGGCCCUGGGGAACAGUGCCCUCUUCCUGCUGAGCGCCGUCGCCCUGUACGCGCUCAGCAGGGUCGUUCUUCAGGACCGACGCCUCGCUCUGCUCUCCAGCCUGCUGUACUGCGUCACGCCCGCCAACGUCUUCAUGACCGCCGGCUACUCGGAGAGCCUGUUUGCCGCGCUGACGUUCGGCGGCCUGUUCCUCCUGGAGAAAGGGUUCACCUUCCGCGGCUGCCUGGCCCUGAGUAUAGCCACUGCUGCGCGAUCCAAUGGACUGGUUAACAUAGGUUUCCUGCUGUAUCUUCCAUCGCUGCGCGCCAUUUGCCAGAUUCGCGUUUACCGAACGACGACAAAGGGCUACAGCAAAGCCUUCCGCUACGUUUGGGCCGUUGCCGGUGUCCUGCUCACCGCCCUCUUGGGAACGGCCAUUAUUGCCCUUCCCUUCUGUGCGUUCCAGUACUACGGGUAUAGGACGUUUUGCACGCCGUCCGUCUCCCUGGAGCGGAUCCCUCCCGCUCUUCUGUCCCUGGCUGAAGUGAAGGGCUAUCGGGUUCCAGAUGAGAACGGCCCACCGCCCCUCUGGUGCAUGAGACCUCUCCCCCUGCUGUAUUCUCACAUCCAGGAUGUUUAUUGGGAUGUGGGCUUCCUGCGUUACUUUGAGCUGAAGCAGAUACCAAACUUUGUUCUGGCUCUACCCAUGGCCACUCUCGGCAUAAUGGCAGCUUAUGCAUAUUUUCAAGCCAAUCGAGAAAUGUGUCUAAGACUCGGACUUUGGGAGACGGGUGCAAAUAAAGGACUUGACAAACCCACGCCGGGAUUUUUCAACUCCCGAGUGUUUGUUUAUAUCGUUCAUUCAACAGUACUUCUGGUGUUUGGGACAUUGUGCAUGCAUGUGCAGGUUCUAACCAGAUUCAUGGCCUCCUCGUCUCCCGUGCCUUUCUGGAUAAGUGCUCACCUGCUCCUCCUCAAUGAACCACUUCUUCAUCGAAGGAAAACGUCAAAUCCCAAUGUGCAGCUACAGACACAUUCCAGAAACGGAUGCAAGCACACACCUCAAAACCCCAUUAUGGCACUGCUGCCACACUUUAAAACCUGCUCUCCUACCACACAGAGCAUCCUGGGAUACUUCCUCUCUUACUGGGUGCUGGGCCUGGCGCUGCAUUGUAACUUCUUGCCAUGGACAUGACUUAAGCUUUAAAUGUAAUGUGUCCAUGUAUGACUGGGUAAUAUACAUCACAUGUCACACGCAUAUCUUUAAAGUACAUCAGUGAUGUUCCAUUUCUGUUUCAUUCCAGCAAUUGUUAAACUUUGCAAUUUGAGAACCAACUAACAUAACUAACAUACUAAAAUGUACAAUAUUUCUGGAGCUUGGUCUGGUUGUAAAUUUCCGGAAGACUGAUUGUACUUGACAAACUUUUUAAUUUCUUGCUGGCAUAACAUUUUUAUUUAAUCUAUAAUUUGAUAUAGCUCUGCUUGUUUGGAAGAAAUACUCCAAGAUAUAGUUUGAGAAUGUGUAAAUAUGAAUGAGAAAAAAAAGUUGCUGUCAACAAAUCUUCAAUUAAGUUUUAUUUUCAUAUAGAGGUAAACCCUUUUUUUGGGGUGUAAAACUACCAGCAAGUUUGUCCCUAUAUCAUAGAUUAAAAUACCUGUAAUAAAUCCAAACCAAUUAUGUGAA